AUGCAUUUCUCUGUUGCUCUCGCUGUCCUUGUUGGGUCAGCUUCCAGUGCCAUUUUAUGGGACGGUCGUUUCAAUACCUUCUCUUCCAGCACGGAUCUUAACAAUUGGUCAUGGAGCAACCAAGUUGGCCCUUACCAAUACUACAUCCAUGGGCCGUCGGCGGUUACUUCUUAUAUAAACCUCUCUCCUUCCUACAAGAAUCCUGCCGAUUCCGGCAGUACCCAAGGGGCGAAAUUCACAUUGGAUAGCACAUCCUUUUGGAACGGACAGACGAUGAGGAGGACAGAGUUAAUUCCUCAAACCACCGCUGCCAUUGCUUCAGGGAAGGUUUGGUACCAUUUUUCGAUGAUGCGGUCAGCUACAAAUGCGCCAAGCAUUUACCGCGAGCACCAGAUCAACUUCUUCGAGUCUCAUUUCACAGAGAUGAAGUCUGGAUGGAUUUCUGGAGCAGCUGGCAACUCUAACCCGGCACUGCAAUGGUUCGUUGGAGGGCAAAGCAAGUGGAGCGUGAACUGGGAUGCUGGAGUUUGGCACAAUGUUGCCUAUGAGAUUGUGAGAUUCCGACUGAAGUACGUCUCAGUAAAAUAUACUAACAAAGCGAAGGAUUUCUCUGCCAAUACCGUUGCUUUUUGGCACUCAACCGGGUCCAACCCCCUCACUCUCACUGUCGCCGCUGUUAGCGCCUCGACCUCUUCGAACGGUGCAGACUGGCAUCUUGGUGUUCUAGAGCUCCCUGUUUCAGGCCAAGCAGAUACGAAUGAGGAUUUCUACUUCAGUGGUGUUUACAUUGAGAGCGGUUCUCUGACCACGUCUGUUGCGGGACCUGGUGGUGUUGUCGUGAGCUCCUCCGCUAAACCCUCUACCUCAUCAUCGACUUCUAAGCCUGCAUCUGGUGUAUCUUCGUCAACUGCCAAGCCUACCACACUGUCAACCUCGACCAAACCGGCGCCUGUGUCUACCACUUCCAGUGCUCCGGCCCCUGCUGGUACAAUUGCGAAGUGGGGUCAGUGUGGCGGGCUAAAUUGGGGAGGUUCCGGUACAUGUGUUGAAGGGACGAAGUGUACAUUCUCAAGUGACUACUAUUCGCAGUGCUUGUAG